AGUAGAACAGCAGGUUUCACCUUCGCAGACAUGGAGACCGCUCUACUGAGUUAUUUUUAUCUGUUGCUGUCGGUGGUCAUCUGUAAGGGGUUCAAUGUCCAUGGUCCAUCUGAUCCUCUCAAUGUCCAGCUGGGAGGCUCAGUGAUGCUGCCCUGCUUUGUAGACACUCCUCUACCAAUGGAAGAACUGGAAGUGGAGUGGAAAAGAAAUGACUCUGAAACUCUAGUGCACUUGUGGCAGGAUGGAGAGAGUCGGCCAGAGUCUCAAAACCAGCGUUAUCAGGAAAGAGCUCAUUUCUUCAUUGAGGAGAUUGUGAAUGGAAACUUCUCUCUCUUCCUUACAAAUGUGACCCGGGAAGAUGUAGGAGUUUAUAAGUGUGUCGUUUACACAAAAGUGGACUCUACUGAAACUCUGAUUGAAAUAAAGAACAUUGGGCGCUUGGUUGUGUCUGGAGCCCACGUUAUAUCGGCGUAUGCAGGUGAAGAUAUCAAUCUGAAUUGCUCUGUAGACUCACAUAUCCCACCAGAAAAUAUAGAAGAAGUGUCAUGGAAGAAAAUGGAUGAACAUAUCUUAGUGUUGCUCUAUCAAGAGGGUGAGGUCCUGGUAGAUUCGUCCCAUGAGAGAUACAAAGACAGAGUAGAAUUUACUGAAGAAAUAAACAAAGGAAACUUCUCAUUGAGACUGAAGGAUGUCCGAACUGAGGACAAAGGGCGGUAUAUGUGUUUAGCAUUCUCUGGGGAAUUGUCAGAUAACACAACAGUGGAAGUGCAGCCGCUGGGUUUUUCCUCUAUGCAUAUUGGAAUUUUUCUUUUAUGUAUAUUUGGAUUUGUAAUUGGAUCACUUAUCCUAGGCUACCAAUCUUAUGCACAUUUUAAAAACAAUGAUGACAGCAAAAGAGCCCUCGCUAUAGAGUGUGCACAUGUCCUUUGUCCUAAUAUUACUAUGUUCAUAGUCUUCAUCCUUUGGGGUGUUACUGAGGGGUCCUUUACUGAAGCAGCAACUUGUUCAGCACUUAAUUUUGCUAGGAUCUUUUUCCUGCUUUGGAUUGCUGUCCAUUUCAAAAGAUUUCAAGAUCGUCUUCACCUAUUAAUCAAAAGCUUGGCAAUUCUACUACAAUAUACUGUGAUCACUGUUGUUGUGUAUUCACUUAUUAUUGUGGAUGUCUGGUAUAAAAGAAACACUAAUAGGAAAAUAUGGAUUCUGGUGCUUUCGGUACUGGAGCUACUUCUGAUUCUUCUUGGUGUUAUUAUUAUAGUAUCCUGUGGAACGACUCACCAGAAACAAACUGGCAUCAUUUCUGUGAUAGAAAUCAGCAAUAUCAUAAGAAUAUCAUUUAUUGUAUUGAUAUAUAGACUUCAUCUAAGCAAUUUUAUUGUGGCUGGAUUUCCAAUUUUGGCAGUUGUUUGUUUUUUGUUUCUUGCUUUGUGGAAACGUCAGUUUUUAAUCUGUAUAUCAGUGCUGAUGAUCCUGGAGGUUCUAAGUGCAUCAGGGUCGAUCUACAUCCAUUAUAACUUGAAUAAUAUGAAAGAACAUGACGCAUUGACGUGUGUGAUUGCAUUCCUCCACAUCUUGACUGUGAUGACACUGUUUGCGAGUCUAAAGGGUCUAACAGAAUCGGGCUCCAGAAACACUAGGACACAACGACAAUCCAACUCCACAAACACGAGUACACAGCGACCUUUAUCCUAUUUGGUUGUGUACAUUUUUGGUACAGCGUUGGUUGUUUUUGUAAACGUUGUUGCGUUAUUAGUAGAGCUGAUCCUAAAAGCACGAAAUGGUCAGCGUACAGUGGAUCUGCGAGUUAUUCUCCUACCAGCUGAAUGUGUCUUUGCCAUGUGCUGCCUUGCUUUACAAAUUUCUGUUUUCUGGAAGGAGAACAGAGAAAGAUUUAGAAAAGACAUAGACAGGCUGUGUGGGUGUAAACAGACACAGAGGAACUCACCUUCACACAAUCAUGAAUGUGAACUCGAGGAUCUGGCUCCUGAAUCUCAGCCCUCAGGGUCUUAGCAGGUGACAACAACAACAAAUACCCACAAGAUUGUGCCAGAUGUGAGUAAUGAAAUGCACAAGAUUUGGAAAGUUAAUCAUCAGGAAGUGUGACUGCCUCAAUAAUAGCAGAACUUUUGGCAGCUUGGUGUCCUGGAUCAUUCAGGUGUGUGUCUAUAUCAUGCUAAGAAGAGAAAACACCAGCUUCAACCUGAAUAGACUGAAUAGGGUUAGAUCACCUUAAGAUUUGUUGUAAAGAUACUUGAAAUGUGUUAUAUUUUUACAUUUGUUUAUUUAUUUAUAUAAUUCUUUGUGUGAUGCCCUUCCUGUAGAAUAGUUUUAUUAUCCAACUGCCUGGUAUUCUGACUGGAUUUAUUAAUUCAUUACCUAUUUUGAGACAAAUUGCAGAAUAAAUACAGACUAGACCGGACAAUUCCCCGGGGGAAAUUGUGUGAGGACGCAGUGCGCGAAGCAAUUCGGUCACGCAUGUUCGCUGGCCGUGAAUGUGUGACCUGCAAUGAUGUUUCAAUGCAAUGAUUGUGUGUGUGCUUGAGACAGCAGCCAUCAUGAAGAAGAGCUUUUCAAGAGUAUAACCAAAGUGACUACAGGUGGAAAUUAGCAUGUACUGCUAUAAGCUGGGACAGACAUCUGUCCUUACCACAAGGAUAAUGUUUAAUUUGUGCACUGUCCCUUUUAAAAAUAAAAUAAACUCUAAACUCUAAGAA